AUGCCUACGCCGACGAAACAGCCCCAGAAGAAUGCCUUCGACAUCCGUCUCGCAGAGUCCGUGGUGUUCCUCCGCGCAGGAGAUGCCACCGGCAGACCCCGCAACAUGCAGGCCGACGCCCCUCCUGGUAUGCUUCGUGGGCUGCUAACGCUCACGCUCGUCAAGCCGACGAAGAUCUCCAGCAUUGAAAUCGAGUUGGUGGGAAAGACGAGCACGGCCUGGCCUGAAGGAGUGGGCGCGCGCCGCGUCGAAGUCACCGAGGAGCACGAGAUCUACGCACAGUCAUACAUCCUCUUUCGUGCAGGCUCGGAGACACCGUACAGGAACAGCCGCCGCACGCUCUCCGUGGGUCCUGGCAUUGCGCUCGACCGUGAUGACGACGACCGCUCCGAGUCCUCUA